AUGUUCAUGUCCACCGGUCUCCCAGUGCCUAGUGGAGUCCAUUCCUUCGUGGACCUGGUCCGCCAAAGUCUGAACUUAGACAUCCUCGUCCUCGCGAACAUUUGGAUUCUCGCGACCGGUGCUAUCACUUCGAUCCGCUUAGCCGGAAACAUCUUACACAGUUUUGCCGAAAAGACAUGCUUGUCAACGGUGCACGUGAAGCAAGACGAUCCUCUCUACGAAGAGAUCGUCCUUUGGAUGAACGACCAUGCAUUCAAGCGUCGCAAUUUCCGCUCUGUCUUAGCACAAACCUCCAAAAGCUCUGACGACACAGCAAUAACCCGGUCCUUGCCUGAAAAACUUGAUGCUGAUAAGCUGGUCAGCUACAAAGGAGUUGAAGACGACUCGUCUGUGGAGCUGAAGCCUUUCCACGGAUCACGUCUUUUUCGCUUCAAGCGAAGCUGGAUCCUUUUCAGCCAUGCGGCGAACAACCAUGAAAACAUCAGCCGCUAUCCACAAAUCGAGGUUAGGCCUCAGCUGAAGUUGCAGUGCAUAAGCCUUUCACUCUCACCGAUCAAGGAUUUCCUCGACGAAGUCCGUGCGUACAGUCGCAAAGUGUCCGUGUCCAACAUAACGGUCUACCGCACUAGGACUAACUCCCGGGAAGUCAUCCGAUGGAGCCCAGUUGCUUCGAGACCAUCCAGAGACAUCAGGACUGUCAUCCUCGAUAAGCACAAGAAGAAGACUAUCCUGCGAGAUAUUAACGAGUACCUUCAUCCGCAUACAAGGCAAUGGUAUGCCAACCAUGGCAUCCCGUAUCGACGUGGAUAUCUGUUCUCCGGGCCUCCCGGCACCGGCAAGACAAGCCUUGCCUCCGCAAUCGCUGGUGUUUUCGGUCUGGACAUAUACGUAUUGAGUCUGCUAGAUCCAACUGUGACAGAAUCACAGUUCAUCAGGCUGUUUUCGGAGGUGCCCACACGGUGCGUGGUACUGUUAGAAGACAUCGAUGCCGCAGGGUUGAACAGAGGCAAUAUCGUGCCUACCAAGUCCAGAUCUGCGGCUGCGCAGUCUUCGCCGGAACCCACAGCAGUGGCACCAAGCACGACUGCGGUAUCUCUCUCUGGAUUGCUGAACGCAAUUGAUGGCAUAUCAUCCCAUGAAGGUCGCAUAUUGAUCAUGACGACUAACGCGCCGCAAAGUCUGGAUCGCGCACUGAUUCGACCAGGCCGUGUGGACUUACAUAUUCAAUUCGAGCUUCCGUCUCACGAAGAGCUGAGAAGCCUUUUCCUGAACAUGUACAGUGAUAUAUCCCAGAAUCUUGCAGAUCACGCAGAAGAAGAAAAGCAGCGACCAGCAGGCCUGGAUGACCUUGCGAUGCGUUUUGCAGAGCUCCUGCCAGAGAGGCGGUUUAGCCUUGCAGAAGUACAAGGCUUUCUUUUGCAGUAUAAGCGGUGCCCGGAAGAGGCGUGUGAGAAUGUUAGCAGCUGGGUCAAGGAAAUGGAAGUUGAGGAACGCGGGUGA